UUCCAUUUCCAUUCCCUUUCCCCACUCACAUAUUCUCUCUCUCUCUCUCUCCUUCUCCAAACCCUUCUAAAACCCUAAAAACCUCUCCGUAUCUCUCUCUCUCUCGAUCUCCGCUCCAUGGGAAAGCUAAAGCUCUCGCCUUUCCCCUCCCUCUCACCUCUCCCACCGCUCUUCCUCCUCCUCGUCCUCCUCCUCGUCGCCGCCACGUCCGCCGCCGCCAUGGGCGGCGGCAAUAGCAGCGUGCACGAGCUCCUCCGCGAGCACGGGCUCCCGGGGGGGCUCCUGCCCAGAGGGGUCGAGACCUUCUCCCUGAACCGCUCGUCGGGCGUGCUCACGGUGGAGCUGAACCGGCCCUGCUACGCCAAGUACUACGACGACGCCGUCGCCUUCUUCAACCGCUCCAUACGCGGCAACCUCAGCUUCGGGGCGCUCCGCGGCGUGGAGGGGCUCGCGCAGGAGGAGCUCUUCGUGUGGCUACCCGUUAAGGGGAUCCUCGUCUCCGACCCCACCUCCGGUGUCAUCCUCUUCGACAUCGGCCUCGCCCACAAGCGCCUCUCCCGCUCCCUCUUCGACGACCCCCCCGACUGUCGCCCCGAUGGGCUUCUCGGCAGAAAGGGAGGAGGGUUCCAGGAGCAGAGAUAAUAAGAAGAGGAAUAUUCUGCAAGGAGAAGUUCUGCAUUAUUCCCCUCUUCCCUUUUUGUCUCUUCUUUCUUUUGGCUGCAUCUAUAACUGGAGUGUCGUAAAUGGGAAUGUGGAAUUGAUUGUCUAUUAGAAACUUUCCUCUCCACCCAUCCAUCAUCUUCCAUUCAUGGCAGUAACUUUCUCGUUGCGUAUAAUAUGGAAAAUAGUGUGAUGUUGUUUGUAGAGGGUCUGUUUGGUUGUGCUGUAGGCUGUGAUAAUUUUUCUGAUAUGAUAAGUGCUUCAAAUAAUGCAGUAAAGUCGGAAGUCGGAAGUACUGGUUUGGGGUUUCUGUAUUUAAAACUGGAGUAGAAGAUUCAGAUUGUCCUCUCUGUGAAAUCGUCUAUCGGAGGCGUAAACGCUUUUUAAAAGCAGAAACAGAAGCGGAUCCAAAUAAUGCGUCAUUAGUGUGUGAGUAAGAAAAUCAAGUUUUGAGUUGAAUGUUUGUAUUGAUGUAUAGCUUCUUGGCCCCUUUCAAGCUUGCCAUCUGUGUAUCUAAUAGUGUUUGGUGGAUGUGAGAUUACAUGAGCUGUUUUUGGAUUGUUCUAUUCGUGACAGGUACUAGUAAUAGAAAUUAAUGCUGUUUUUUGGAAUGUCCAUAUUAUUAUUAAUGUACGUACUACUAGAGAUUGUUUUAAAUUAAUGGAUUAUAUAUAUUUGUUGGA